UCUCAGAAGAUUGUUUGUGAGGAUAAAGGGCAACACCAUAAGCAACCAUGUCUGGAAGAGGAAAGGGAGGCAAAGGUCUUGGUAAAGGAGGAGCCAAGCGUCAUCGUAAGGUCCUGAGAGAUAACAUUCAGGGAAUCACCAAACCUGCGAUUCGCCGUCUUGCGAGGCGUGGUGGCGUGAAGCGAAUCAGUGGUCUCAUCUACGAGGAAACCCGUGGUGUCCUUAAGAUCUUUCUAGAGAACGUGAUUCGUGAUGCAGUUACCUACACUGAGCAUGCUCGCCGCAAGACUGUUACUGCCAUGGAUGUUGUUUAUGCCCUUAAGAGGCAGGGUAGGACCCUUUACGGUUUUGGCGGCUAGAUAAUUAGGGAUUAG